AUGUCAGCUUUUAACACAUCUGAGAUCCAGAUAUCUACCUUCCUCCUAAUUGGGAUCCCAGGGCUGGAGCAUGUCCACAUCUGGAUAUCCAUACCCAUCUGUCUCAUAUACAUUAUUGCCACUAUAGGCAAUUGUAUCAUCCUCUAUCUAAUCAAGACAGAGGCCUCACUCCAUGAGCCUAUGUACUACUUUCUCUCUAUGCUUGCCAUAUCUGACCUUGGGCUAACCCUCUCUUCUUUGCCUACCAUGUUGAGAAUUUUUUUAUUCAAUGCUACAAGAAUCUCCAUUGAUGCUUGUAUUGCCCAAGAGUUCUUCAUUCACACCUUCACCGCCAUGGAAUCUUCAGUGCUUCUAAUAAUGUCCCUUGACCGUUUCAUAGCCAUCAGCAAUCCUCUAAGAUAUAGCUCCAUCCUCACCAAUACUACAAUCAUUAAAAUUGGUUUGAUCUUUGCUAUUCGAUGUCUUGUAUUAAUAUUCCCAUUUCCUAUCACACUAAAGAGAUUGAGAUAUUGCAAAAGAAACCUCCUCUCUCAUUCGUAUUGCCUCCACCAGGAUAUUAUGAGACUGGCCUGCUCUGAUAACAGGGUCAAUGUUAUCUUUGGCUUUUUUGUUGCUCUGAUAGGCAUGUUGGACUUAGCAAUAAUUUCCAUGUCCUACAUUUUGAUCCUGAAGACAGUUUUGGGCAUUGCAUCUCAUCAAGAGCGACUUAAAGCUCUCAACACCUGCAUCUCCCAUAUCUGUGCUGUACUCAUUUUCUAUGUGCCCAUUAUCACUCUGGCUAUUGUACACCGCUUUGCUAAACAUGCCUCCCCACUUAUUAGAAUACUCAUUGCUGAUAUAUUUGUUUUGAUUCCUCCGCUGAUGAACCCUAUUGUGUAUUGUGUGAAGACACGUCAAAUCCGGGAGAAGGUUCUAGGGAAACUGUGUCUGAAAAAGGCCUGA